AUGGCCCCACCAACCGACCGCAAAGAGAUCGUAGCCCAACUACGCAGCCAGAUCAAAGAUGGAAAGCCAAUCGUUGGCGCCGGAGCAGGUAAGCCAAGCCACCAAGGGAGCCAAAACAGCAGCCCCGCUAACCAGGCAGGCAUCGGCCUCUCCGCCAAAUCCGUGGAAAGCGGAGGCGGCGAUCUAAUCGUGAUCUACAACAGCGGACGAUUCCGCAUGGCAGGCUGUGGCAGUCUAGCGGGUCUGAUGCCCUACAGCAAUGCCAAUGACGUGGUAGUCGAAAUGGCUGCCGAAGUUAUCCCCAUCGUGAAGAAUACUCCUGUCAUUGCAGGUGUGUGCGGUACAGAUCCCUUCAGGCUGAUGCCGCAAUUCCUCCGCCAGCUUCAGGAUCUGGGUUUUGCGGGUGUUCAAAAUUUCCCGACGGUUGGACUGAUUGAUGGGACUUUCCGGGCGAAUUUGGAGGAGACGGGAAUGGGUUUCGGUAAGGAGGUAGAAAUGAUUCGGUCUGCGGCGAAGUUGGGGCUUCUUACGACUCCGUAUGUUUUUAAUGCGAAAGAUGCGGUUGCUAUGACGGAAGCUGGGGCUGAUGUGCUUGUUGCUCAUAUGGGAUUGACGACUUCUGGGGCUAUUGGAGCUAAGACCGGUAAGACGCUCGAGGAGUGUGUUGGAGAGGUCCAGGCUAUCAGAGAUGCGGCUGUCAAAAUCAAUCCGGACAUCAUUGUACUCUGUCAUGGCGGCCCAAUUGCUGCGCCGGGAGAUGCGAAGUUCAUGUUCGAAAGGGUUCGUGGCCUGCAUGGUUUCUAUGGGGCAAGCUCCAUGGAAAGACUUCCUGUUGAGACAGCAAUUACCGGCAUUACGGAGGAGUUUAAAGAUUUGAAAAUCCCCCAAUAG